GGAUGUGAAACGUUGUUAGCAAAGCACGGAGAAGGACACGCUGUCCCGGACAAAGGAAGGACGGGUGCCUCCGUGGGGUCACUUGUCACAUCCCUCUGUGCCCUGAGCUGAGCGAGGUCCUGGUGACCGGAGCGAUGCUGCGUAGGGUGCGCAGGGCUUUUCCAGGGAGGAGGACCUGGCAGUUGAAGCACUGCCCUUGGCUCUAUCUCUUGCCUGGCUGAUAAAGGCAAAGGGAAGGGAAUCACCCUCCUGGCUCGGCCCCAAACCCACCGGGAGGGUGGCAGCGGCUCACGGAGGGUGGGCGCGGGUGGCAGAGAUGGGGGGGGGGGGGGGUUGGGAUCUUUUUCAGUCGCUCACCCCCACCCUGCGCUGCCGGUUCCUCCGUGACUCACAUCCUCCACCGUCGCAGCCGCUCUCAGCCCCUGCCCCAGUGGGGCGACCACCAGCCGUGGCCGGGGGCUGCCCCCCAAGUCAUCCCUCAUGGACCUGGGGCCAUGCUGGUUUUCCUCGCCACCCCCAGUAAAGGUGGCCAGGGUGGGCUCCAUCCCUGCGGGGUGUCCCUUGGGGGGAACGGGGACGCCGCGGCGCCCGCAGGCCCUGCGUCAGCACGGCCGCGAGCUUCAAAACCCAGCUCCGAGGCGGCCGGGGAGGAAGUGGGAACCGAGCCCGGCAUCAUGUCGGAGCUGGAGCAGCUGCAGCAGCGUGACAUCCCGGCAGGCCGGCAGGUCCUGCGCGACCACCACUGCAACCUCCACAGGGUCGCCGACUACUGCGAGAGCAACUACCUGCAGGCGAGCGACAAGCGGAAGGCGCUGGAAGAAACGAUGGCGCUGAGCACGCAGUCCCUGGCCAGCGUGACUUACCAGGUCAGCAGCCUGGCCACCGCCUUCCUCCGGUUGCUGGACCUGCAGACGGCCGAGGUGCGGAAGGUGGAAGCCGACAUCACCUGCGUGGCCCAGAGGGUUGACAUGCACAAAGAGAAGGUGUCUCGCCGGGAGAUCGGCUCGUUGACUGUCAGCAAGAGGUUCCCGUCCUACCAGAAGAUCGUGCCCCCCCCCAGCCCACCCUGCCUGGAGCCCUACUACAGGAAACCCCUCAACUUCAGUGUCCUGGAUGACAUCGGCCACGGCAUAAAGGAUCACAGCACCCAGCUGUCCCGCACGGGCACCCUGGCUCGGAAGGGGAUCAAAUCGGCGACGCAGGCUACGGGCACCCUGGGGAGAAGCACGCGUGCCCCUGAGCCCAUCCAGCCACCCGUGGUUCCCGAGGGCAAGAUCUCCGCAGCUUCUUCCACCUCCUCGCUGAUAUCCAUCAGCUCGAGCGGAGCCCCGGCAGCCCCCGCUGAAGGCAUCCCCGUGCCGCCGCCACCGCUCCCCUCCCUGCCAGGGCCAUCGCCACCGCCUGCGGCCCCCAUCCCACCGCCCCCACCUCUCCCCGGGGACCUGCCCCCGCCACCGCUGGGGGACCUGGCUGUGCCCCCACUGGACCUCAUGCCCCCAGCCCCCGAUGACCUUGAGCCGCCACCGCCGCCGCCACCACCAGCUUUGCCCGACUUUGAGGAUUUGGCCCCACCACCACCACCACCACCCGCCGCAGAGGACCCCCCCUGGGUCCCGGAGAGCUACCUGGAGAAAGUGGUGGCCCUCUACCCCUACACGCGGCAGAAGGACAACGAGCUCUCCUUCCAGCCCGGCACCCUCCUCUUCGUCACGCGGCGGUACUCGGAUGGCUGGUGCGAGGGCGUCACGGGCGAGGAAGUGGGUUUCUUCCCCGGCAAUUACGUGGAGCCCUUUUGAGCGCCGGGGUCGGGCAGUCCCCCCCCAAAUCCCCCAAUCCGGAUCAUGCCGAGCAGGGCUCCGCUUUGCCUUUCAAUGUCGGCUUUGCACAGCUGGGGUUUCGCACAGCUCAGCCCUUGCGUGGGCAGCUGGACUGGGUGCCACUGCUGGCACCCGCCAGCACCCAGAGCAUCCCCCUGCCCGGUCCCUUUCCCAUCUUGCUCUUCUUUGUGUUUUUAACGACAGCAGCACUGGCUGCUGUUGGUGCCGGGAAGGUUUAGCACCGGGACACAGCAGCUUUCUCAGCUGAUGGAAACGCAGCGGAUGGCACGGUGAUCCCGUGGGCUGACCCUGGUGAUGCUCCCGGCCCCGGAGCGAGGGCGGCACAGGACCAAAGCCCAGAUAGAGGAGAAGGGCCGAACACCCGCGGGGACAAGAAGAGCAGCACCCGGCUGUGGCCCCAGGGAACCUGCCUGCCGUCCCCAUCAGCUUGAGACGCAGAGGGGGAUGAGCUGGGGCCCAAUCCUGCACCAAAGGGGUCCCCAUAGGGUCCCCUGCAGAUCAUCGCUUGUAGCCUGGCCCUGCUCUGCUGCUCCCCCUCCAAUGCCAUUCCCCCCCCCCAACUUUCACCAGCCCAAGGAAGAGGAACAACAUGUAUGUGCAACUCAGAGAGCCGUUUCACACCCAGGUUUACGUCCUGGAUACAAACAACUUGUGUAUCUGCAAUAUAUAGAUAUAUAUCUAUAUACAUA